AUGCGAUUCUGCGAAGUAGCGAGAAAGGGUUGCCUGAGCUAUGCAAAGGUUAUGCAUGAGGAAAUUCAUAGUCAUGCAGGGUAUACAAAAAGCUGCAUGGGAAUUGGCAAGGGAAAUGUACAACCAAAGAUAAAAGGGCUGGUGGCUGCUGCCGGCUGUCGAAAUGAUGGUGCAGGAGGAGGUGAUGGAGGGAGAGGCCAAGGCAGUUUGGAUACAAAUGGGGUUGCUGAAACUGUCCUUCUACUGGAAGAAGGUGUAGAGGCUGGAGCCUUUGGUUUUUUAGGAGGUGGUUCCGAAAAUGGGGUGGGUGGGUCUUUGCAGCGCUGGAGAAGAUGGGAGAGAGACGGCGAGAAUGCCGGAAAGAAAUGGAGGAUGAAGGGCGGUCGUGGGGUUCAAGAGUCGGGAAGUGGAGGUGGUGGGAAUGGCUGUUCUUGA